UCCGUGUAGGUCGAUAUUUUUUUCUGCAAUCGCACAAUGCUAUACAGCCGUUUUGAAACGUCGAAAACAUCUUUGCGAGAGUUUUGGAACAAAACGACGAAAUAACUUCCUCCCGGGCAAGAAAAAUAACAGCCGAAAAAUGAGUUCAACCACGGCAUAUUCGAAUGUCCACCGAGGAUUUCUGCAGGCUUGCGUACUACACAGUACGAUCACCGUUGACGAAGCCCUCAAAGUUCUGAUUCACCUGACCACAAAAUAUGCACCCGACGAACCGACGCCGGAAGAGGAACAGCUGCUCGAAGUGGUCGCCGAAAUCAACAACCGGAUCAGUCGGUAUGACCAACGGCUCAUCCGUCUGGAAUACGAUCCCACCCAGACGGUUUACUACGUAUUCGCCAAUCUGUCCGACACUCCGCUGGAUCGGGUUCAGAAAACCUACACCGAGGCGGAAUUGGGUUUCUUCCGGCUUAUACUCCACGAGCUGGCAGGCACCGAGGGUCACAGUAUGGGGCAGAUUGACUGUUUGAAUCUGACCUCAAAGGUUGUUGCCGGCGGAGGGGGACGCAGCACUUUGUCCAAAAGACGUGCGGAGGAACUGAUCAAAGAGUGGCUAAGCAUCGGCUAUUUGGCCCAAACGAAGAAGGAUCUCGGUUUCGGACCACGCACGAUGGUCGAGUUCGAUCGCUAUUUGUUGAACAACUUUCCGGACCACAUCGCCAAGUGUCGGCUUUGCAAGGAGGUUUUGUUCUAUGGCGUGAAAUGCAACGAAUGUCCCGAGAUGCUGCAUAAGUCUUGCAUGAAAAAGUAUCUUCAGCGAUUGAAGAAGUGCCCGGCCUGCAACAAGAUCUGGAAGGCUUCACUGGAAUGAAGCAUUCGCGGCAAGUUUUGAUUCUGUUCGAAGCAACCGUUUUUUUUUCUCAAUACUGACUCUUACUUUCUUUUACUUUACUUUCUUUACUGUUCGUCUUACUUUCUUUUAAUUACUUACAUUGUCUAUUUCGACUAAGAAAUAAACGUUUGAACUCGUUAUUAACUUAUUAACGUUAU